AAAAAAACAGAAUAAAAUGUCUAUGGGACAAAUAGUAAUUUUUGCACCGAAUCAAUAGUAAAUUUAAUAAUUAAAACCGGAUUCUUUUCCGUUUUUACCCCGAUUCUCAUCUAAUCUUCUAAAGUGACAAUGGCUGAUGGUGUUGCAAUUUUACGGCGUAAUCGCCCUGGAACUAAAGCUAAAGAUUUCUGUCGCUGGCCCGAUGAGCCCUUUGAAGAAAUGGAUAACACUUUGGCUGUUCAACAGUUCAUUCAGCAAACCAUCAGGCGGGACCCAGCAAACCUUGAAGCAAUAUUCAAAAUACCUGAAGCUCAAGAUGAAGGGGUGUGGAAAUACGAACAUUUGAGACAGCUGUGUAUGGAGCUGAAUGGUCUAGCCGUGAGGCUUCAGAGUGAGUGUAAACCAGAGACUUGCACUCAAAUGACUGCCACAGAACAGUGGAUAUUCCUGUGUGCGGCACACAAGACCCCUAAAGAAUGUCCGGCUAUUGAUUACACUCGCCACACUCUGGAUGGGGCUGCCUGUCUACUCAACAGCAACAAGUACUUUCCUAGCAGAGUGAGCAUCAAAGAAUCAUCAGUGGCCAAGUUGGGAUCAGUUUGCAGAAGAGUUUACCGCAUCUUCUCUCAUGCAUACUUUCAUCACCGGGCUAUAUUUGAUGCAUUUGAAAAAGAGACACAUUUGUGCAAGAGAUUUACCUACUUUGUCACUAAGUACAAUAUCAUAUCGAAGGAGAUUUUGAUUGUACCGAAGUUAGAUGAUGAAGCACCCAUCACUCCAGCUGUGGGCGAAUCAGAAGCCUGAGAUAAGGCUUAUUCAGUAUUAAUUUCUGAUAUAAAAGUAUAAUAUCUUGUAUCUCUAAUGUAUUCUCAAUAGUUUUUUUGAACUUCUUGUAAACUUAAGUUUACAAUUACUGUAAUAUCAAAACAUUUCAGUGGAACUGUUUUAGGUUCUUCAUACAUUUUGGCUACUCGUAGUACUAUGUUUAAAGUUGAAACAUGUAUACUUAGUAGCUUUAUUGUAAGAUAGCAUCAAUGCUUUAUACAGUAAACAUGUAUGUAACCUAUAUUUAUCUCAAAUAUUAAAACAUUUUGACUACU